AUGGGGUGCGCGGCUUUGCUGUGGGGCUGGCUCCUGCUUGGCUGCAGCUGGGGCCCGGGGCCGCCCGGGGUCGGUGCCGCCGCGCUCUCGACGGCCACCUACGUGCUGGACGAUGCCGGCGGGCUGGGCAGGCAGUUCGACGGGAUCGGGGCUGUCAGCGGCGGCGGGGUGAGCGGCGCCGGCGGGCGUGGGGGCUCCUCCGGCGCUGUGGCCACAUCUAGACUCCUGGUGAACUACCAAGAACCUUAUCGCACCCAGAUUUUAGAUUAUCUGUUCAAGCCAAAUUUUGGUGCUUCUUUACAUAUCCUCAAAGUAGAGAUUGGAGGUGAUGGACAAUCAACAGAUGGUACUGAACCCUCCCAUAUGCACUAUGAAAAUGAUGAGAACUACUUCCGGGGCUAUGAAUGGUGGCUGAUGAAAGAAGCUAAAAAGAGGAACCCCAAAAUUAAACUGAUUGGAUUACCCUGGACAUUUCCAGCAUGGAUAGGGAAGGGUGAAAACUGGCCCUAUGACUAUCCAGAUGUCACUGCUUACUAUAUUGUUUCUUGGAUAUUAGGAGCUAAACAGUAUCAUGAUUUGGACAUUGAUUAUAUUGGGAUAUGGAAUGAAAGGGCAUUUAGUAGCAAAUAUAUUAAGCUGUUGAGAUACACAUUGGAUAAGCACGGUCUGCAGCAGGUGAGGAUCAUAGCCAGCGAUAGACUGUGGGAGCCCAUUUCCUUUGUCUUGCUGCUUGACUCUGAGCUCCACGGAGUGGUCGAUGUGAUUGGGGCUCACUAUCCUGGAACAAAAACAGUGCCAAAUGCCUUACUAACUAAGAAGAAACUGUGGUCUUCAGAAGAUUACAGUACUUUCAAUGAUGAAGUAGGUGCAGGCUGCUGGGCUCGGAUCCUGAACCAAAACUACGUGAAUGGAAACAUAACCUCAACCAUUGCAUGGAACUUGGUGGCUAGUUAUUAUGAAGAGUUACCCUUUGGUCGAUGUGGAUUAAUGACAGCGCAAGAGCCAUGGAGCGGCCACUACAAAGUAGAAGCUCCUAUCUGGAUUACAGCACACACAACGCAAUUUACUCAGCCAGGCUGGUCAUACUUGCAAGUGGAUGGACACUUAGAAGGAGGUGGCAGUUUUGUAGCUCUGACAGAUGGCCUAGGAAACCUUACCAUCAUCAUUGAAACUAUGACUCAUAAUCACUCUCAGUGUAUCAGGCCUCCACUGCCUCAUUUCAGUGUGACACCUCAGAGAGCAACUUUCUACCUCAAAGGGUCAUUUUAUAUGGUGGAAACCCUUCAAGUGUGGCAUUCUAGACUUGGUUUUGAAUCUGGAAACUCUAGUCUUUUCCAGCAACUCCAUCCUGUAAAGGUGUGGAAGGGAAGUUUUUCUUUAGAUCUAAACGUGGAUGAAGUCUACACUUUAACCACACUCAAGACAGGGCAGAAAUGUGGUUGCCCAGAGCCUCCACCCCCUCAGCCCUUUCCUUCAAAUUACAAAGAUGAUUUCAAUAUUCGUAAUCCACCUUUCAGUGAAGCCCCAAAUUUUGCAGAUCAGACAGGUGUAUUUGAAUACUUCAUAAAUGCUUCUGACCCAGGAGAUCAUGUGUUCACACUCCGCCAGGUGGUGGUUCAGCGACCCAUCACUUGGGCUUCUGAUGCAGACCAGACCAUCAGUCUCAUAGGAAAUUUUCAGUGGGUAAACAUGACAGUCACUUGUGACAUCUACAUAGAAAAACAACGUGAUGGGGGCGUGUUUAUCGCAGGAAGAGUCGACAAUGGUGGUAUAUAUGUUCGACGUACCAAAGGAGUUUUCUUCUGGAUUUUUGCAGAUGGCACCUACAGAGUCACUGGUGACCUAGCUGGAGAAGAAAUAUUAAUGAAAGGACUUUCUGGUGUCCGGGAUAAUGUGUGGCACACGCUUACUCUCAACAUUCAGGGCACUUCUGCCUCAGGACUGUUAAAUGGUUAUCCACUCUGGGAGAAUGUCACCAUUCCUAAACCAAGUAACGGCUGGGCUGCUAUUGGAACUCGCUCGUUUGAAUUUGCACAGUUCGACAACUUUCAUGUUGAAGCUAGCUGAGGUGGCUUUUGCAUUUGGAGAACCCAGUUCUCAUAUUACUUUGAAUAGGAGCCAGUUCAAACUUUGAGGUCAACUUAAUGCUAUGCUGAGAUUGAUCUGUUGGCAAGGAAUCAGCAUUCUGUCCUUAUUAUUUGUUAAAGGUUUACUUGAGUCGGUAUCAACAUGACUGUAACUUUAUCUCCUGGUUGCUAUGGGAUUUUUGCCCUUCAAUUUUUGGGGGUAAAUUUUACUUCAAGGUAAUGAUGAAAACAAAAUCAUGGAUUUAAAUCUCUUUUAAUAACAACAUCUUAACUUCCCAGCUCACUUUUAAGAUAACUUUAGAAGUUAACAGAAGACGGAGGCAUCUCAAGCUGCAUUUUUAACACUUACAUGACUGUGUCCAUUCCUUUCACUCUGAAAGAAAGUUAAAUGCCAGUAAGCUUUAUGAGCCAGUGGCCCCAUACUUUUGUAGAUCUGUCAUUCUCAAAUUUCAUUUGGACGAAGUACCUAUUUUUUCUAUAGUAAAAAAAAGGAUGUUUUGUCUGUUUUUCUGAGGCUAGACAUUACAGUACUCCAAGUGCAUUUGAUUACUUCUUCCAACUUCAUUGCCAGCCUUAAAAUAGAUGAUAUUUUCGGUGGAAUGGAAAUGUGCCUUAUGGCUGAUCACGCAGUGCAGGAUGUGCCUUACUUCUAAACUACCUCCUCUUCCCAAUGAAAGGGUUGACAUGGAUGAAAAGGUACCAUAACUUGCAGUUCGUUAAUGAUAGCCUUGUGGCUUUUUUUGCACGGUGCAAAGAAUAAAAGCUUUGCAUCAUGGAUGCUGGCAAGCAGAGUGAUUACUUUCCUGUCAGGUCGCAUGUGGAAAAACUGGCCUUUUGUUCCUAGAAACUUGGGCAACCAUCUCUCACUUUUGAUGGAUCUAAAGCUUAGAGCAGAAAAUAACUAAAGCAUAACAAUGUUGUUUAGCUUAUUAUAUUAAUGUAGCACAGAGGAGAUAUGGAUACUAUCACAUCCUGGUAUAAAAU